GCUGGAGCACAUCCCUUCUGGGCAGGGGUGCUGGAGGGACGGCAGCAGCUUGGUCUUGCUCCAGGGGGUUGUCCAGUGAGUGAUUCCCGUUUCCCCUAAGGCUGCCUCUCAUUAGCAUGAAACGGGGGAAGGGCAUAAAAGAUUCCAGUUCGUUUUGAGUCUGGAAAAAUACUUCAAAAUGACAAGCCAAGUGUUGUGGCUCCUCUGCUUUGCCAUUAGAUCAUCCUCCGGAUCCCUGCCCUAUGCUGAGAAAGCUGGCCAGGCUCUCAGCAAAGAUGCUUUUAGUUCAGCAGCUGCUGCACCUGGGCAGGUGAAGCUGCCAGCCCGUGGCACCAGCAGUGCCAGUGGGAAUUCCAGGGAACGCUGGCUCCUGCCUCCCGCCCACCUGCAGCCGCCAAAGCCUCCCGAAAUGCCCUCCCUGCCCUGGGACAAGAAGAAGCGCACCAAACCUGCCCUGGAGAACAGCACAGGGCUGAGGAAACACCUCUGGCAGCCCCUGGAGAGCCCAUCUGAGGGGCCUUUCCCCAGCUCGCAGGACUCCAACAGGAAGCACACGGACCGGCGCCGCGCCGGCGCUGCCAACAGCGUGUCCGCCCGCGCCCCCCACGCCACGGCCCCCCAGCAGCACGGGCCAUCCCCACAGGGGGCUCAUCCUCUGCCAGGCUCACUGCAGCCAGCCGAUCCCAACACGCUGCUCUUCAACCGCCCGGGCCAGACCACCCCCCACGAACACCCCGACCCCUUCGACAGGAUCCCCAAACCCUCCUGGCUCCCCAACCGCUGGUCCCCCGGCCCAGCCCCCCGCCUGGCAGCGCUGAGGAAAGGUGGUGACGAGGAGAGGGAGUGCCUGACCCAGUGCAGGGGAGAGUGGGAUGAAGUGGAGGCCUUUUGUGCCAGUGAAUUCGCAGUGAAUGGAAUUGUUUAUGACAUGGAAAGCCUGGGGAAUGGAGUCCACUGGAUCACCCUCCUGGUGAACGGUGAUGGAUUGUACAAGAUGAGCCGCCUGUACGUCGUUCCCGAUGCCGCCUUCUUCCGAGUUCACAUCCUACUUGUGGAUACUUUGAACUGCAGUAAACCCUGCCCAGACUUCAAACUUGGGAGCAGGUACAUCGUGAUGGGGCGGAUCUUCCACAAGCGCCGGGAGCUGCCGGCGGAGCUGCUGCCAGCGCUGCGCGGGCGGCUCCGCCCGGGCGACGGCUGGAUCGGGAGCGGCGGCGGCGGCUUCGUCAGGAGGUUCAACAGGAAAAGGGAUCACAGGGUGCAGGCGGCGCGUUCCAAGUGUCCCUAAGGGCCGGUGGCCCCGUCCAGGACACGGGGAGCAGCGGGAUCCACGCCUGGCCAGGGCAGCCAUCGGACACUGCUUGUGCUUCAGCAAACACGGAAUGCCUCGGCCAGGCCACUCCGGUGGGGCAGGGAAUGUUAACUUGCUCCAGCUUUUUCAGAGCCACAGGUUAGUGUAGCCUCCCCUGCUGCAGUGCACCCCCAAUAAUCAGUAGUAAAUGCACAGCUCUGGAGGCUUCAUCCUCAGUACUCGGCAACUGCACUUUAGAACCUCUGCCCCUGAACACGGUAGGUCUGUACACAGCUUUGUCUACACGGGAUGUCACACAGUUCUGCCUGAAGUCUUCCAUGCAUUUGAUUCAAGAGAAACCAACACCACUAAGUAGCACUUGUAUUGGUUUUGGUCUCCUCCAACACCUCUUUUGUGCUGCUUCUAAAAUGGCCACACAAAGCACACAGAAUGCAGUGUCACUGUUUGAGUAGAUGAACACGCUGACUGAAAGCACACCAAGAACUGCACAGCACAAAUGCCCCGUUUGGCUCAUGAGUAACGGCCCAAGUUCACUCCCAGGGAUGCAGAACGAGCACGGCCUGCACGGUUUGUGUGCCUGGGUGCACGGGCAGAUCCUCCUGGAUGCCACCCCCCUUCAGAAAUAUCACCCAGCUCGCACUUGCACAUCAGUAAAGUUACUUUUAAAGUCACGGAUACAACCUCUUAGUACCUUUAACGUGGUGGGAGGGAAGAACCUGUGAAAGGGUUGCAGAGGGAAUCAAAUGUUUGCUGUUCCCAGUCAGUGUUUGCAGAUCUUAAGUCUGUAAAAGAAACUAAUAAAAUGUUCAUGAGGUUCUGGUU